AUGGCAUCAGACGUUUCCUCGCUGGGUGCCACCGUCGGCUCCGGGAACCCUGGCCCGGCUGCCCAGGCUGGAGGAGCCAUCGUUCAGAGGGCCACCAAGAGGCGUCCGGGGCUGGAUUUUGAUGAUGAUGGAGAAGGGAACAGCAAAUUCCUCAGAUGUGACGAUGACCCGAUGCCAAACGAUAAAGAGAGGUUUGCCAGGUCUGAUGAUGAACAGAGUUCAGCGGAUAAGGAGAGACUUGCCAGGGAGAAUCACAGCGAGAUUGAACGUAGGCGAAGGAACAAGAUGACUGCCUACAUCACAGAGCUGUCAGAUAUGGUGCCCACCUGCAGUGCCCUGGCCCGCAAACCAGACAAGCUCACCAUCUUGCGCAUGGCUGUCUCGCACAUGAAGUCCCUGCGUGGCACAGGCAAUACCUCCACUGACGGCACCUACAAACCCUCCUUUCUCACUGACCAGGAGCUCAAACACCUGAUCCUAGAGGCAGCCGACGGCUUUCUGUUCAUCGUGUCCUGUGAGACGGGGAGGGUGGUCUAUGUCUCCGAUUCGGUGACUCCUGUCCUGAACCAGCCCCAGUCGGAGUGGUUUGGCAGCACCCUGUAUGACCAGGUGCACCCGGACGACGUGGGCAAGCUGAGGGAGCAGCUCUCCACAUCGGAGAACGCGCUGACAGAAGGAACCAAACCCUGGUGCCUUUCUAACAAGGAUCCUGCAGCCCCCCCUGAGAAUGCAUCUAAAGGUCGCAUCCUGGAUUUGAAGACGGGGACCGUCAAGAAGGAAGGCCAGCAGUCCAUGCGGAUGUGCAUGGGCUCACGACGAUCCUUCAUCUGCCGAAUGAGGUGUGGCAACAGCUCGGUGGAUCCAGUCUCCGUAAAUCGGCUCAGCUUCAUGAGGAACCGCUGCAGGAACGGCUUAGGUGCGGCGAAAGACGGCGAACCUCACUACGUCGUGGUGCACUGCACGGGUUACAUAAAAGCCUGGCCCCCCGCAGGUGUUUCACUGCCUGACGAUGACCCGGACGCUGGCCAGGGCAGCAAGUUUUGCCUGGUGGCUAUUGGCAGGCUCCAGGUCACUAGCUCACCCAACUGCACAGACAUGAACAACGUUUGUCAGCCAACGGAGUUCAUCUCCCGACACAACACCGAAGGCAUUUUCACCUUCAUAGAUCACCGCUGUGUGGCCACGGUUGGCUACCAGCCACAGGAACUUCUGGGGAAAGACAUUGUGGAUUUCUGCCACCCAGAAGACCAGCAGCUUUUGCGGGACAGCUUUCAGCAGGUGGUGAAGUUAAAAGGCCAGGUUCUGUCAGUCAUGUUCCGAUUCCGAUCCAAAAACCGGGAAUGGCUCUGGAUGAGAACCAGCUCCUUUACCUUCCAGAACCCCUACUCGGAUGAAAUUGAGUACAUCAUCUGUACCAACACCAACGUCAAGAACUCGAGCCAGGAGUCUCGGCCUGCCCUGUCAGACUCAAUGCAGAGGCCCCAGCUGGGCCAGAGUGCCAGCCUUCCCCUGGAGAUGGGCACGGCACAGCUGCCCACAAGGCAGCAGCAGCCGCCGCAGCAGACAGAGCUGGAAGUGGUCCCAGGAAGAGAGAGCCUGUCCGGUUACGACCACUCGCAGGUUCCCGUGCAGCCUGUGAGCGCGGCCGGCCCGGAGCACAGCAAGCCCUUGGAGAAGGCGGAGAGCCUUUUCAAUCAGGAGCGGGACCCGAGGUUCAGCGAGAUCUUCAGCAGCAUCAGUACAGACCAGAGCAAAGCCAUUCCUGCCAGCACGGUGCCCGCCAGCCAGCCCCUCUUCACGCAGGGAAACACCUUCACGCCGUCGCGACCUGCCGAGAGCUUCAGGAGCAGCAGCAUGGUCCCUCCUGUGAACAUCAUUCAGCAGCAGCCCCCAUCAGCGGGCCGGAUCCUGGCGCAGAUCUCACGCCACUCCAACCCAGCUCAGGUCAGCGGAACCAACUGGGCUCCAGGGACGCGGCCGGCCUUCACGCCCCAGCAAGUGGCAUCGCAGACGGUGAAGACUCGGCCCCCUUCCUUCAGCAUGGGGACUUUCCAGGGCACCACCAAACGAGCUGUGCCCUUCCCAGUCCUUUUAAAGGAUCACAAAACCCACAGCGCUGCACUGGGAAUCGUUUGCUGACUUUCUCUCCGUUCCACAGCCACGGAGGCAGCGCAGACCCCCGCUCCGUUCCCGCCGCGGGCAGCCGAAGGCGUGGGGAUGUGGCCGCAGUGGCAAGGACAGCACCACGGCCCGGCGUCCGGGGAGCCGCACGUGCAGCAGCCGCAGCCGAGCCAGCCUGAGGUCUUCCCAGACAUGCUGACCAUGCUGGGAGACCAAGGACCCAACUACAACAACGAAGAGUUCCCGGAGUUGAAUAUAUUCCCAUCUUUUUCGGAAUAA